GAAUUCAUAAACGUCAAAAGUUCGGAAACAUGGUUGAGGCCGCGUUUUCUGACGAUGGAAAAUAUUAUUCAUUAAUAAGUAAUGACGGUAGAUUAAAAAUAUGGGACACAGAAACAAAUGUCCUGAAACAGGAAUACACUCCUGAAUUUCAUUUAUCUGCUCCACCGACAUGUUUACAAUGGGUAGACAUAAGUUUAAAUUCGAGUCCUCAAAAGAAGUCGUCAAACAACAAACAAGGUACACAAUGCAUAGCAUUGGGUACCACACACGGAAAGAUACUCCUAUACUCAGUGGCGCAAGCAAAAGUUGAAACAGUAAUUGAAAAAGGGACAAAAAAAAUCGAAUCACUAGACUGGCUUAGAAAUCAUGGGUUGUUUAGCAUUUCCGUCGACCAAGUUGUUACCGAAUGGGACAUUAGAAGAUCAUCUGUUAAGCAUACAUAUAAUUUAUUAUCAGUGGAUGCUAAAAAGGUUUCUAAAAAGCCAUCUGUUAUCAAAAUAGUACCACACAAUCAGGGUCCAGAUGUGAAUUACAUGGUAAUAGCAUCGGUCAAAAUGAAAUUGUGGAAGUUUGAGAAAAACAAGUGUUCCAUUCUAACAACGCUCGGUUCAAUGACCUCGGAUAAGAAUAUCUUACGUAUUGCAUCAUUGGGAAGUUCUACAUGGCUGUUAGAGGGAUCACGAGACGAGAGAAUCCUAGGCUUCUGGGACAUUACAAUAAAGGGCGAACAACAAAACGGAGAAACCGACACACCUAAAAAGAAGAAGUGCAAAAUGCCAAGUACAAUACCGUUACCGACGUACAAUUUCGUGCUGGAAGACGCGCCUAAGUUCGUGGACAUUAACAUGAGUUCCGAGGGGGACGGGAAGAAACUAGCGAUCGUAGCAGCUACUAGGAGCGGGGUUGUACAUUAUUAUGGACACAUGUUAAAUGGCACGACAAUAAAGCCGAUCAAACCAUCAGUGACAAUACAAAUCAGUACAGCAGAUGCGCAUCCCUUACCACUCGCCUGUUGUCGACUGCCCGACAACGGAGACGUGCUGCUAGGUUAUAUGAAUGGACCAGCCAUGUUGUUUGAGAGAGUGACACCAGACGCAUCAUCGAAAACUCAAGUCUUAAUCCGGGGGGAGGCGGAAGCGAAAAAACUGUCAAAGAGCAGUGAAGCCAUAAAGGAGAGACCGGCCAAAAGUUCAGACGUGAAAUAUGUGGAGCCACUGGGAGGUGUUAGUAGGAAACGGCCGGAGGCUGGGGCAACUGUAGAGGUAACAAUGGAAGCUAGGCUUCAGAAUUUAGCACUAGACUUAAACAGUAGGAGUAAGGCACCAGUUAGCCACAAUCUGACUAAGUUGUUGAUACAGGCAUUGCAUUCGGAUGAUAAAGGGUUAAUACUGACGGUGUUACAAAAGGACGAUAUCGCAGUCGCAUCGAGGACAGUGAGUUCGCUCCCCGCGGAAUAUGUGCCUGUUUUAUUAGAGAAAUUAGUCGAUAUGGCGACAAAGAAAACUAGCCAAUGUUCCGCAGUAUGCACGUGGGUAUCUGCAUUAUUAAAAUCCCAUUCGGCGUUGCUACUCGCAUCAAUGAAUGCGAAAACUGCGGACCAAGUGACACAGCUGUUGGCCAUAUUCACACAUAGACGAUCAAAUCUAUGCCAGUUGUUAAAUUUAAAAGGCAGAUUGGAGCUAACGAUAGCGCAGCGCAAAACAAACGCAAACGAGUCUACGGAACAAGAGGCGGUGUUAAAUUAUAAAGAUGGUUCCUCCGAUGAAGAGAUGGAAGUCGAUCAGUCACAGUCGAGCGGUGAUGAAGCGGAAUGGGAAGAUGGUGAUGAGUCAGCCAGUGAUCAGUCAGAUGAAUGAUAAUAAAAUAUAUAUUU